AUGUCGACUGUCACCUUCAGCUCAAUUUCGGAACCCCAACCUCCCAAAAUUCACCUCACGACUGAUGAGUUACAACAACAUACACAAGUGAAAGAUCAAGGGCACGAUACCAGCAUGACUGAAAAUGACAAUAUCGAAGAUCCUUAUAUACAACAUGCCCCUCCAGAUUGGCCAUUAUGCGACUCAUGGAUCACAAACACCCGAGGUGGUAUCAUGAUAUACAACGAUACCUUCUACGAAGUUCGAAGAGUCCCCAACACUCUUUCCGAUCAAUUGAUGAGCGAAGACGAUUUUGGCAUCUUACCUUCGACCACUGCUCCUGGAUUGCUCAUUAUCGGUGACAAGGUUGAAGAGCUGACCCUUGUCCAAGUAAGAGCUAAGAAGAGGGAAGUUGGCAAGAAGGGAGAAGUAGUCGAGAAUGCGGAUGGGAGUUUAGUUCAUCCACAAGGUCUAGAAGAUACUCGACUUGCCAUCGAAACAGAGGAAUUCAAAUCACUUCCUAUUGUCAAAGUUGAUCCUUCCAUCCAUCACGUAAAACUUCCAAGGUCUCUCAGAGAAGUAAAAAACUUGAUCACAGUCCGAGGUGUGCCACACUUGAUACAGUUAGUAGGAAGGGCUGAAGAAGGUAGAGUUGUCACUUUGAGAUAUGGUCAAGAUCUCACCAGCUGGAACAUGGGACCCUUCGUCGACGGUGCAAAGGUCCAACUUCCUCAAGAAUGGAAAUACCAAUGGGUCGUCGAUAUCGUCUUGCCUUUACAGAACUUACACAAGCUCGGAAUCCUCCAUGGCGACCUGACUACCAAUAACGUCUUAUACGAUCAUGAUCACGCUAUCUUGUGCGAUUUAGAAUCAGGUCCUCAUACCGAUCUUCUCAUUCCCCCCGAGCUUGCCCAAGGUCUCAUCAAGGAUUUCAACGCUAAGAUGGAUAUCUAUGGUUUAGGAACUUUGUUAUGGUCAAUUGAGAAUAGAAACAUGCCUAGACCUCAUAGGAAACUUGAAUGUACGGGUGUAUUUGCGGAUUUGAUGUCAAGAUGUAUGGCGGAUGAUCCAGAUGAUAGACCUACUUUGGAUCAGAUAAUCGAGGAACUUCGACGACUUCCGCAGACUAGGUCUCUCUUCCCGAAUGAAAAUUCUAUCACCAAUCUUACCACAUGUGGCACCGACACCUCCACCAUUGACGGUACCCCGUCUGGUCCAGCUCUCAUUCCGGAUCCCAGCUCAUGGUGGUACACUCAUACUGGCGCGGUAGUGAAUCUCAAAGGCACAUUCUACGAAAUUCGUCGAGUGCCCGACACUCUUUCCGAUCGAAUCCUUAACCAUGGAGGACCGUUGCCCGUGUCAGACUCUCCUGGGGUGACGAUCAACGGGAACUCAGUCGAACAUCUGACCUCGCAGGAAGUACACGAACGACGAAAGACCUAUAAUAUCGAUGAAAACUGUCAUCCCCUUCCAGAUGAAGAUGGUACUUUUGACCCCAGGAAAGAUGUUGAAUCUUCUCAAUUGGCCAUCCAAUCCGAUAUCUUUAAAUCUCUUCCUAUCAUCGAAGUCGAUCCGAACAUUCACCACGUUAAAAAACCAAGAUCGAUCAACGAAUUGAAGAACCUUAUCUCAAUUCAAGGUGAUUCAUACGUGGUCCAAUUACUCGGUCGAACUACCGAUGGCAAGAUAGUUACCUCGAAAUACGGUGAUCAAACAUUAUUGGAUUGGAUCAACGAUAUUGGGAAGAAGGUACCUCAAGAAUGGAAAUACCAAUGGGUAGUCGACAUCGCUUUAGGUUUAUCAAAUCUUCAUCAAAAGAACAUCGUCCACAAUGAUUUGGCUGAUCAAAAUAUCUUGCUUAAGGAUGAUCACGCUAUCAUAUGCGAUUUGGAAUCUGAACCUACAACUUUGGAUAUACUACCACCCGAAUAUGCUCAAGAUUUUUGUACUAUCAAAGAGAAAAGUGCGGAUAUCUACGCAUUGGGUGUUUUGUUGUGGUUAAUUGAGAACAAGAAUUCCGCUAGACCUCAUAGAACUCUCGAAUGUACUGGUAUUCUCAAAGAGAUCAUGUCAAGAUGUCUUGCUGUUAACCGUAAGGAAAGACCGACUAUCGAUCAAGUCGUUUACGAGCUCUGGAGACUCCCUCAAACUAGUUCAUUAUUCCCUGAAGGAUACGAACCUCGAGAAGCUAUCCCGCCCAAACUCAAUCUAGCAGAUGUCGACCAUGGUUUUAAGGUCAAAACAGAUGGCGGAGACGAAGAAAAGACUGUAUACCAAAUUGACGGACCUCAGCGAUUGCCUUGGCGGAACUGGUUGUAUAACGACAAAGGCGCUCUCAUCUCUUACAACGGAAUAUUCUACGAAAUCAUCAGGAUCCCAGACACAUUUUCCGAUCGAGUCAUCAACCAAAGAGCAGAUUUACCUUUCGUUCCUUGA